GCCCACUGCUGCCCCUGGACUGAAUGCCCACUGCUGCCCCUGAGCUGAGUGCCCACUCCCCCCCACUGCUGCCCCUGGACUGAAUGCCCACUCUGCCACUGCUGCCCCUGAACUGAGUGCCCACUCCCCCACUGCUGCCCCUGAACUGAGUGCCCACUCCCCCACUGCUGCCCCUGAACUGAGUGCCCACUCCCCCACAGCUGCCCCUUAACUGAGUGCCCACUCCCCCACAGCUGCCCCUUAACUGAGUGCCCACUCCCCCAUUAGUACUAUUCAGUCCAUAUUCAGCUCCUGGGUCUCUGCUUGGAUCCUGGUAUAGGAUCUGCUUCCUGUGAGUAAUCAUGGAGUGUGAGCAGGGUCCAUCACACCCACAGUUUACUUUAGGUACCACCUCUUCUGGGUGAUGGAUCAGCUUUUAUUGAGUGAUAACCAUCUGUGCUCCAGGGAUUGUCCUUCACCCCCAUAGAAGAGUCAGUGUACCCCAGUUCUGGACUGGCACAUGCUCGCCCUGUGUCGAGGGAUGGUUUGCCCAGGGGCGCUGUGUUCAGGCACCGAGAGGUUUUACUGGGAAUCAGGAUGUUAACCCUGGAAACAUGAGGAUUUGUUUUGGAUUCCCUGCGGCUCCUGUACUUGGGAAUGUGGUAUCAUGCAUCGGACAUAACACGGAUUAACUACUAGCUCUGUGGGUAAACAUUGGCACACAUCGCCCUGUAUUGCUUGACAUUCUGACACUUCUGGUGCCAUGCAGAUGCCCACAGUAUCACCCACAUAUCUUCCAGGCUGCACUCUCGUGGGUUUCAUGCCCGUUCACCCGCAGCGGGUCCUGCAUUACCCUUGAUAUUGUAUUUUUGUGAUCCUUUCCUAUUGUGCACUGUGUGUGUACCCCAGGGCUCCCGUUGCUGGCAAUGGCGGACCACCUGGAGCUUCUGUCGGAGAUGCCAGCGGUGAGCCGGAUGACCACGCAGGAGAGGUUAAAGCACGCUCAGAAACGGCGGGCACAGCAGCUGAAGAAAUGGGCACAGUUUGAAAAGGACUGGCAAAACAAGAAAUCAAAAGGGGGGCAGAAAAAUCAGGGAAGCAAAGCGGAACGACGCAUAAUGUUUCCCCAAAACGUCACCCUCCUGGAGGCAGCAGCACGUAAUGACAUGGAGGAAGUACGCCAGUUACUGCAGAGUGGAUUCAGCCCUAAUCUGUUUAACGAGGACGGUCUGACGGCGCUGCAUCAGUGCUGCAUUGAUGACUUUGAGGAAAUAGUCAAACUGUUACUUGGUGCUGGAGCUGACGUAAAUGCUUGUGACAGUGAGCUGUGGACUCCUCUACAUGCGGCGGCUACCUGUGGCCAUCUGCACUUGGUGGAACUCCUCAUCAAACACAAUGCUAACCUCCUGGCAGUCAACUCUGAUGGGAACAUGCCAUAUGACUUAUGUGAGGAUGAUACCACGCUGGAUCACAUUGAAACAGCGAUGGCUGAGCAAGGUAUUACCCAAGAAAAGAUUGAGGCGGCACGAGCAGCCACCGAGCUUCAGAUGGUGAAGGAUAUCAGGCACUUGGUGGAGGUGGGCUCUGAGAUUAAUGUUCUGGAUACUAAUGGGACUAGUCUGCUGCACGUCGCAUGUGCGAAUGGGUACUUGGAAGCAGCAGAGCUCCUAUUAGAACACAAAGCGAUGGUGAAUGCAAGGGACCAGGACGGUUGGGAGCCGCUCCAUGCAGCUGCUUGCUGGGGGCAGAUACACUUAGUGGAACUUCUUGUAGCUCAUGGAGCUGACGUGAAUGCCAAGUCCAAGCUGGACGAGACCCCGCUCGAUGUCUGCGGGGACGAAGAAGUGCGUACGAAAAUCCUCGAACUCAAACACAAACAUGACGCCAUCAAGAAAUCUCAAGAUAAGCACAAGACAGCGCUGCAGAGGAGAACAUCCAGCGCCGGUAGCCGAGGGAAGGUGGUGCGCAGGGUGAGCGUAACUGAACGCACAAACAUGUACCGGAGGGAACAUCAGAAGGAAGCCAUGGUGUGGCAGCAGAGAGGAACCCGCGAGAGUGAGACAGAGGUCCAGGACGAGGAUGAGGAUAAGGCGACCAAUGCAGAGAUCCAACAGCAGCUGAAACCAGAGACCGAGACUGAGCUCCCGAACCCUGGGCCUGCCGAGGAAGGUGCAGGGCAAUCUGUGCACAGUUCAACAGAAACCACCUCUAACCCACCACUGUCACAGAGGAACGGUAGUGUGCGUUCUGGCCCAAAACACACUUUCUCCAAGCGCCUUGACCGCAGCGUGUCUUACCAACUGGCCACCCAGUCCGAGAUGUAUCCAGACUUAAGCAAUGAGCGAAGCCACCAUACAUUAGCAGAGCUUAAACGCCAAAGAGCAGCGGCCAAGCUCCGACACGCACCUCCUCCACUCUCUGCAGCUGAAUCCCUGAGAGAGGAUUCUGCCGAGCUGGAAUCGCACAAUUCUGUAUAUUACACAUCAGCCAGUGGUGAGCCCCCGUUACUGAAGCUCAUAGCACCCGCUGAGGACACCACUCCAGCCGAAAAGCGGCCCUGCUGUGGGGUUAUGUGACUCUCCCAUGCAGUGUGCUAUUUUAACAGUGGCCCAAACUACUGCGGUUUGGGGAGGGGGGUCUCUUUCGAUUCCAUGGGGGUAGUUCAGAUCUGGACACAGCAUUUCCUUCUCCUUGGAUUUCACAAUAUGGCACGUUGGGUGUCAGAGUAAACAGACUU